CGUCUUGACUAAAUUAUUGGAAUGCAUAGUUCAAUAGAGAUUCUUCACCGUUGCUGGAAUUCAUUUUGCGUGAAAACCAGAGAAUUACCUAUUGCUCUGCUAAUCUCUAACUUCUUCACCUUCCCUUCUAUGGUAAUGCACAGGCUAAAACCAAGCCGCUACUCCCACCAACCCCCAACUAUAUAAUCCUACAUGUCCAAUUCAAUCAUCAAAAUUACUGCUCAAUCCAUAUUGUUAUAUUUGUAUAUCCAUUCGAUUAAGCUAUCUCUCUCUUUCUUUCUUCAAUUGCUCAGUAAAGAGUCUGUCUUAGUUUUUGCGGUUAUUGUAUCUUUCUGUCAUCUUUGUUUUGGCAUCUAUGGCUUUAGCUUUCGCUUUCUCUUCGCUCUAUUCCUAUCAGCCUAAAAUUCAUAUCUCUUCUUCAAUAAAUCGGAGACCCUUAUCGCCAAUUUACCAGUUUCGAGAAUUCAACUGCUCUGUUUUCGCCGCAGAGAAAAAUGGAAGCAGUAGCAGUAGAAAAAGUACGACUUUUGUUACUGCCCUUUCUUGUGUUCGUGAAAAAUCGUCGACACCCACGACUGCAUUUAAUGAGUUAAUCGAGUCUUUGAUUAGUCGGGUGGAUUUGACGGAAUCUGAAGCUGAAACUUCGCUUUAUUAUUUAUUAAAUGAUGGUAAUGAGGCUUUGAUUAGUGCCUUCCUUGUGUUGCUGAGAGCCAAAGGGGAGACUUUUGAAGAAAUUGUGGGAUUGGCAAGAGCAAUGAUUAAGCAUGCUAGGACAGUUGAAGGGUUAGUUGAUGCAGUCGACAUUGUUGGAACUGGUGGAGAUGGGGCAAAUACAGUUAAUAUUUCUACUGGAGCAUCAAUACUUGCUGCUGCUUGUGGUACAAAAGUUGCCAAGCAAGGGAAUCGUUCGAGUUCUUCUGCUUGUGGAAGUGCUGAUGUACUAGAAGCACUGGGGAUAAUAAUUGAUCUGGACCCAGAGGGGGUAUCCAAGUGCGUGAAUGAGGCAGGAAUUGGUUUCAUGAUGUCUCCAAAAUACCAUCCUGCCAUGAAGAUUGUCAGCCCUGUGAGGAAAAAGCUAAAAGUAAAGACAGUAUUCAAUAUCUUGGGCCCUAUGCUGAAUCCUGCACGCGUACCUUUUGCUGUUGUUGGUGUAUACAAGGAAGACUUGGUCUAUAAAAUGGCUAAAGCAUUGCAACGAUUUGGAAUGAAGAGAGCAUUAGUUGUUCACUCGGAGGGCUUAGAUGAAAUGAGUCCCCUCGGACCUGGGUUAGUCCUUGACAUCUCUCCAGAAAAGAUUGAGAAAUUCUUAUUUGAUCCAUUGGAUUUUGGCAUUCCUCGCUGCACCUUAGACAGCUUGCGAGGUGGAGGCCCAGAAUACAACGCAGAGAUGCUAAAACGAGUGUUGUCAGGGGAGAAAGGGCCAAUUGCUGACGCAUUUAUCCUUAAUGCAGCAGCAGCUCUCUUGGUAAGUGGCCUUGUGAACACUUUAGCUGAUGGUAUAGCCUUGGCUCGUGAGGCGCAAUCAUCAGGAAAAGCCAUCGAGACACUCGAUUUGUGGAUAAAAGUUUCGAAUAAGGUGAAAGAAGAAACGCUUGUCAAGACCGCCUGAAAAUUUGUUUGAUGAUAGAAAGCUGUGAACGCCAUAGUGUCAACUGCACAAUUGGCAAUUCUACAAUUAAAAGAGCAACAAAGAGACUUUGUACGUUCAUAGUUAGAACUAGUCAAGACGGUCCAAAUUUUGAACGAUUGGCUUGUAAGGAAUAUUUUCUUUAGCGCAAGAAAGUUUCCAACUUGAAAGGAAUAUAAUGAUCCCAAUCCAAAAUUAUAGAUGCUGAA